GGUGACGCAGCAGACGUAAAGGAGACAACAAUAGGAACAAUAGGAGCACAAAGCCCAGCAGACUCGGAGCAACAAUGCAAUGCUUGGAGGCACGUGCGGUCUGGGAUUUUCCACUGCUUUAUUCAACUACUUUAAGGUAAAAGAUACCUAUUGGUCGCUGAUUCCUUUGCUACUAUAUCCAUAUUCUCAUUCGUGCUUCCAUUCAUUCUCAUACUUAUACUUGGACCUGAACUGAUAACAGCCGUAUUCUGGCCCACUAUGACAACUCCUUUGAAUGUAUCUCCCCUCGAAUUGCACAACAACGACAUCGAUAUUUCUCAACCCUUGGACGAAAAUCAACCUCCUGAUUUAAUCUCGACCUAUUUAUCUCCAGUUUAUUCCGCUCCUUCAUUGAAUUUAAUACUCGAUUAUUACAGUCAAUCGCAAUCCACCUCGAACAAUUUGGUCAUCUGGAAUCUCAAAAACCUUCUUGUUUUAAAUUUUUUAUUGAUUUCCUAUAUAUAUUAUCUUAUAAAGGACAAUUAUCAAAUAAUCGGUAUCAAAAAAUCUCUUUUAUUAAAUUCAAAUGCUAAUCUAUUCCAUAUAGCCUAUUUUCUAUUGCUAAUCCUUUCAACGUUCUUGAUUUUUCUUAAAAAUUACAACAAUUAUUUUAAAAAUAAGUCCAAAAAAUUAGCUUUGAACAAUGCUAGCGAAUUGUUCAUUAAUAUCAAUUUGAAUAAUUUAAUUUUGCUAAAUGAAAAAACAUUGUCCCAUAAAAAUUUAUCUGAUGAAGACCAAUUACUAUUGCAAAAUUGCCAAAAUGUUAAACUCUUUAUCUACAGAAACGUUCCCAUCGCUAUCAUCAUCUUAAACCCUUAUACUCAGGUCCCUGAUUCUGACCAAUUUAUUGUCAAAAUAAUGGGUUUGAACGUUCGAAAAGUUUAUAAAGACAUUGGCUUGUACGAUGAUUUGAUCUCCUGGGCAAUUGAGAGAUCUUUAACUUUAACCAAUCUCUACAACAAGGAUAUCUUAAAAAAUAAACAUAGCGUCAACGAGAUUAAAUUGAAAAAGAAUUUAAUACUAAACAUCAGUGUAUACUCCUUUUGUAAAGUUAUUAAGCAGUCCCUCUUGAAGAAAAAAUUCAAAUUAAUCAAAAAAAAUUACUUGCCAACUUUCUUGGGCUCUUUUUAUAAAAUUUCAAAUGAUAAUUAUCAACUAUCAGUCAAUCUCAAUGAAAUAUCUUCAAGUUAAUACAAGAAUACAAGAAUACAAGAAUACAAAAUAAGAUAGUUUUAUAAUUUCUUGUAACAUAUAAUAACCUGCACAAUGUACUCUCUUUAAUUCGCCUCGAAUCCAAGGCUUUUCAUU